AUGGCAUCUCCUUCCUGUGUGCGAAAAUGUGUCAGAGAGACCUCACGGACCCUGUUUUCAGCCAGUCGAUCAAUAUGUCGCGACUAUCAGCAACCCACUCGAGCUCACCUCGACCAGAGACGAAAGAUUAGCAGCUAUGGCUACACCCAGGCCAAAGCCCUCGUAUACUCCAAGUAUGGCGAGCCACAAGAUGUCCUUUCCCUACACAGCCACUCCAUUUCGCCCGCAUCCGGGUCCAACGUCGUCCUUCGCAUGCUCGUGGCUCCUAUCAACCCUGCCGACGUCAAUCAGAUCCAGGGUGUGUAUCCUGCGAGGCCGGAGAUGACAACCGCUCUAGGUACCUCAGAACCCUCCGCAGUCGCUGGGAAUGAAGGUGCGGCAGAGGUCAUUGGCGUCGGUUCUGCGGUGAAGGGCCUCAGCAAGGGAGAUUGGGUCAUUAUGAAGAGCACCAGCUUGGGCACGUGGCGUACACACAUGGCAAUAGACGAGAGCAAAUUGAUCAAGAUUGACAAUAAGGAGGGGCUGACUCCACUUCAGGUCGGGACAGUGUCAGUCAACCCCUGCACGGCAUACCGCAUGCUGCUUGACUCGGCAAAAUGGGGCUUUCGGGGAGACGAAUGGUUCAUUCAAAACGGUGCCAACAGCGGAGUGGGAAGAGCGGCCAUCCAGCUUGGCCGCGAGUGGGGAUUCAAGAGUAUCAAUGUGAUCCGGGGCCGGGAGAACAAGGAGGAGGAACAGAAACUACGUCAGGAACUCCUGGAUAUUGGAGCCACAAAAGUUAUUACGGAAGAAGAGCUACAGAGUCGCGAGAUCAGAGACCAGAUCAAAGAGUGGACAAAUGGUGGACGAGAGCAAAUCAAGGUCGGCCUCAACUGCGUGGGUGGGAAGCCCGCCACCGCAAUGGCCAAAUUCUUGAGCCCCGGAGCGACCAUGGUGACAUACGGAGCGAUGAGCAAGCAGCCUCUGAUGCUACCUGCCUCGCUCCUGAUCUUCAAGGAAAUCAGCUUUAAUGGGUUCUGGGUGAGCAAGUGGAGUGAUCGACAUCCCGACCAGAAGAAACAAACGGUGGAAGAUGUCCUUCGGCUUACGAGAGAAGGGCGGUUCAAGGAUAUACCGGUGCAAGAAUGCAAAUGGGGGUGGAAGACGGAGAUCGAUCUUCUGAAGCAAGCUGUACAAGGUACUCUUGGUGGAUUUCGCCCUGGUAAGGGCGUUUUUGUCUUUGAAGAGACGUGA